UAAAAUUUACCCGCCAUAAUAUCACGGAUCUCAUUAAAAAAAUCUUAGAACGAUGUCGUUUAGCGAUGGCCAUGUCGCGAGGUGUACAGUUGGAGUUUAAUGUACACGCGUCAAGAAAGCGGUCGCCAAUCACGUGCGAGAUACUAAAACCACUUAGAGGUCGCCACGUAAGACAUUUGGUAAAGACGUUUCAUCUCGUGUCUGGUCCAAAGUAUCUACGUGGUCACUGAUACGUCGACCACACCAGUCGUAGUAGCUAGUGUUAGCCCCCCCCCCCACGGGGAUCUGCUGACGUAAUUACCGAAAUACCCUCACCGUAUCUCCAAAUUUUUCAUUCCUUACCUUUACUGCGAAUGUUAUUGCUAGCAGGCAGACAAGACCAAGCUUCAUCUCUUCAAAGCUGUCUCGCCGCCGCCGCCUAAUCUCUAUCUCAGCCAAGUAAUGGCUAGGCCAGAUGGAGAAGAAGGGAUAUUGCUGCUCGAGUUUCACGGCAACGGUGACCGUUCCUGGCAGCUAAACUUCGAUGAUUUUCAGGUUUCACCGGAGCACAAGGAGAAAAAAUCGCCGAGCAAGCUCCAUAACUGUCUUGGUUGCUUGGGUCCGGAAGACAAUGUGGCAGAUUACUACCAGCAACAGGUAGAGAUGCUUGAAGGCUUUACCGAAAUGGAUGAACUUGCAGAACGUGGCUUUGUCCCUGGAAUGUCAAAGGAAGAGCAAGACAAUCUGGCUAAAAGCGAGACAUUAGCCAUCAGAAUAUCGAACAUUGCCAACAUGCUUCUAUUUGCUGCUAAAGUCUAUGCCUCCGUCACAAGCGGCUCUUUAGCAAUCGUUGCUUCCACGUUGGACUCUCUUCUUGAUCUUCUCUCUGGCUUCAUCCUCUGGUUUACCGCCUUCUCUAUGCAAACACCAAACCCGUAUCAGUAUCCCAUUGGCAAGAAAAGGAUGCAACCACUGGGAAUCCUAGUAUUUGCAUCAGUGAUGGCCACACUUGGAUUGCAAAUCAUCUUGGAAUCUCUUCGGACAAUGUUAUCCAGUCACAAGGAGUUCAGCCUAACAAAAGAGCAAGAGAGUUGGGUGGUUGGGAUCAUGCUCUCUGUUACAUUGGUCAAACUGCUUCUUGUUCUUUACUGCAGAUCGUUCAGUAACGAGAUUGUGAAAGCUUAUGCUCAGGAUCACUUCUUCGACGUCAUCACAAACAUCAUUGGACUCAUUGCAGUGAUCCUCGCCAACUACUUCGAUAACUGGAUGGAUCCAGUUGGUGCUAUCAUUCUUGCAUUGUACACAAUACGGACGUGGUCAAUGACGGUUUUGGAGAACGUGAACUCACUAGUUGGGAAAACAGCAACACCAGAGUAUCCGCAGAAACUGACUUACCUGUGUUGGAACCACCAUAAAGCCAUAAGGCCUAUCGACACAGUGAGGGCUUACACGUUUGGGUCUCAUUACUUUGUGGAGGUUGAUAUCGUUCUUCCGCAAGUGGCUCACGACAUUGGAGAAUCGCUGCAGGAGAAGCUGGAGCUGUUGCAGGAGAUAGAAAGGGCUUUUGUGCAUCUUGAUUAUGAGUACACUCACAAGCCUGAGCAUGCUAGAUCCCACUGUUAGCUGUUUGUUUGCUUCUUGUGUCGUUUAAAGCAGUGAAGAGAUCUCUCUACGUCUAAAUUCUUAAGAGCUUAAUCUUCAUCAAAUCGUUUAGUAGACAAGCACCUUUGUAAGUUGUAACUAUAUUUACUUUUUUCUUGUGCUUAAAUUAGAUAGUAGUAAAACUACAAAGAUCAUUUCAGUUUAGUUUGAUUAUGGUAGAAACUACAAAUUAUUGUAGUAACUACAAAUCAACUUUGAAAUCAAAUUCAUAAAUAAAUUGGUAAAAUUGAAUAACCCCCAAUUUUGACAAAUAUUUUAAUAUCACUAAUUCAAUAGUACAUAAUUUUAGGAAGAAAAAAUAAAAUCAAGAAUCCCAUAACAAUUUUUUCGGCUUAGAUUUAUAAUUUCAUUAAAAUGCAAUAGCUUGAUUGUGGUAAAAAACUACAAAUAAAACAGAAUUGAAAAUUAUGUCAGGUCUGGUUCUAUUCAAUUCACCGGUUUGGAUAGAUUAGUUCAAUUAUAAGAGAACCGAAAACAAACCGAAUCCUAAUCGGUUUGGAAUGAAAAAAAGCGCGUGUGGUGGAAUAUGUUUGUUUUCAUCCCACAUCGGGAACUUGAGGCGCAUGAGUCAUGCGGAUGCUGCUAUAAAAGGUCAA